UCACCGGGUUAACUUUGGAGCAGUUUCCCUGAUGCAGUCCCUGCGAGCUGAAAAAGAACAUGUCUCUGCUACACAAUGAGACCACGGACCCCAAUGAUACGAAGGCAAACGCGGAGAGAAAUAUGCAACAAUUGAUAAGCAACCUGCAAAACGUGAGCGCGUAGAUGGCGCGCGGACGCGCCGUCGGGCUAGCUCCGUGUAGCCCUUUGUGACCGUGUUUACACAUUGUCAGCUAGCUCCACAGUUGGCUAACUCAAGCUAGCAAAAUGGACCUUGGAACAAUGUUGUACAACAAUUUAAAAGAAGUUACAUGGAGCACCACGUCUUUGCCAUUAGAUCAACUUGUCAGUAGUUAUAGGUUGCCUCAAAUUGCCAAGUUGGAUAACGGCCAGUUGGUUGAAGGGCUCAGAGACAACGACUACCUUUUAAUUCAUUCCUGUCGUCAGUGGACGACUAUUACUGCUCACAGUCUGGAAGAGGGUCACUAUGUCAUCGGCCCCAAAAUAGAGAUACCAGUACACUAUGAAGGUCAGUUUAAGUUACUGGAGCAGGACAGAGAUGUCAAGGAGCCUGUGCAGUACUUCAACAGCGUGGAGGAGGUGGCCAAAGCAUUCCCUGAAAGGGUAUACGUCAUGGAAGAAAUCAUCUUCAAUGUUAAGAUGGCUUCAGGGGAAUGCAAUGAAGAUACUGAAGUUUACAACAUAACACUAAGCACCGGUGAUGAACUGACAUUAAUGGGCCAGGCGGAGAUCCUAUACGCCAAGACUUCCAAAGAAAAGUCUAGGUUCAACACAAUUUUUAAGAGGUUCGGGAAGCUAAACUCCAUCAGCAAGAUCGGUCGAGGCAAGAUGCCCUGCUUGAUCUGCAUGAACCAUCGCACCAACGAGAGCAUCAGCCUGCCUUUCCAGUGCAAAGGCCGGUUCAGCACCUGCAGUCCGCUGGAGCUUCAGAUGCAGGACGGCGAGCACAUCAUCAGGAACAUCGUGGAGAAAACCCGCCUCCCUGUCAACGUCACAGUACCCAGCAGUCCACCCCGCAACCAGCAUGACCUCCACCUCAUCCGGGAGGGUCAUCGCUACAAAUUGGUCAACAUUCAGACAAAGACUGUGGUUGUGUGCUGCGUUCUGCGAAGCAACAAAAUUAUCCCCGUCCACUUUCCCUUUCACUUGGCAAUGCCCAGAGUUAUUAUUCCAGAAGAGCUGCUGCAAGGAGAGUUGUGGCUCGACACCAUGGUGCAUCGCUGGUUCUCCUUCUGCCAGGAGCAGUUUGACAUCGACGACUAUUCUCGCGCCGUCCGGGACGUGCGGACCGACUGGAACGACGACGGGAAGAGCCCCAAGAAAGGCAACGGCAGCUGCAGCGGGGGCAGCGGCAGCUCCAGCGGUUGUCUCAACCACACGCAGAUUCCCAGCUCCUUAACCUACGCCCGGGAUGAGCUCACCCAGUCCUUCCACCGACUGUCUGUGUGUGUGUACGGCAGCAACCUGCACGGUAACAGCGAGGUCAAUUUGCAGGGCUGCAUGACGCUGUGCGGGGAUUGGGCUCUUCUCCCCUCUGACAGCAUCCCUGCAGACGCAGGAGAAAGUGAACACUUUUCCCCCGAACCGAUGGACAGCCCAAGCCAACAGCCCACCCAGAACAGGUCAGACGUUCCCUAUGAGGAGCUGUGGUUGGAUCAUCUGAGGAGUCAGACCGCCAAACCGUCUGCAGGCGAGGGGACUCGAGGCACCAACAGUGGCGGCGGUACUACAGCAGCGCUGUCUUACCAAGUGACUUGUCCUAUGGGUGCAACACCCAGUUUAGAUGUGUCUCUUACUCCACCACCGGUUCCACCCAAGUCUGAAGCUGUGAAAGAAGAAUGCCGUCUUUUGAAUGCCCCACCGAUUCCUCCAAGAAGUUUAAAGCAGAUGCCCUCUGUGCCCAUCCUGUCCAAAGCACAGCAGCAGGAGACUCGGUCUCCAAGUCCGACUCUCUCCUACUACUCCUCAGGUCUCCAUAACAUUAGUGGAGCAUCUGAGCCGGAAGAGCCGGAGCUAAAAGUGUGCUACCCUUGUAACUGGGUGAGGUCCGACAGCACUGAGCCCAGCGCUCCGUUGCCCAGUGGCAGCCUGCCUUCGGAGGGGAUGUCCUCCAGGUUGUCUUGGCCAAAUCAUUUCAGUGGAGGACAGUCGCGCAGCAUGGAGGAAUUUCAACCAGCCAGCGGCCGCAGCUACUACAGUUACCCCAGGAAAAGAUCCACAAAGACCUGUACGACCAGCCUGGUUGACUUUGAUGGCCGAGAGCGCGCGCACGGCAGCGAGGACUUCAGGUCGCAGAAAGCGCCCCUGAAUCAGUUCUGCGCCAAAUCCUCAAGUUACAAUGCCGAAAUGUAUCGGAACAAGCCGAUAGAAGAAUCUAACACCAAGCAGAGCCUCUCUUGCCCCAGCUUACCCCCGAGGACACCCAAGUCCAACGCCGCGCAGAAGAGCGCAGAUUUACUGUGCGACGCCAUCUGUGACAGCGAGCGGGAAGCCUCCGGUGUCCCACUUACUCCACAUGAGCGCGGCACCAAGGACUCAUUAACUCCCCCUUCGCCCCCCACUGCGCCGUGGCAGCCCCCGUCCAGUCUGGCCGGCCUUUCGAUUGAGGAGGUGUCCAAAUCUCUAAGAUUCAUUGGCCUGCCGGAAGACGUUGUUUCCCUUUUUGUGUCUGAGAAGAUCGAUGGGAAUUUGCUCCUGCAGCUCACUGAGGAGAUUUUGUCAGAGGACUUCAAGCUGAGUAAACUGCAGGUAAAGAAGCUCAUGCAGUUCAUAAAUGGGUGGAGGCCCAAGAUAUAACUAACAGUAUGUGACACUAAGUUCUGUUAUGAAGCAGAGAGUCAUGCUUUCAGUAUACAUGCUAUGCACACCAAACCACAGAGAGUUUUUUUUUGUGGAAUAUGAAUUCACGUUACUAUAUUGUGGGUAAAGACUGUGAUGGCUAUUUACUAACUGAAUGAAACCAUUAGGCACUGUUCAGGUUAAAUACACAGUACUUCUCUUCCCACAGCCUGCUAGUAGUCAUGUUGUCACAUGAAUCCUAAUCCAAGCCAUCAAAUGUCAAUACAAACACAAACACGUGAUGUGAGAUUUGCUUAAUAAGGACGUUGUACUACUCAGUCUUUGAAGUGGAAUAUCACAAUAUUAAUCACAAGCUGUUUCCAGGGUUUCCAAGAGAGCACAGAGGUUGUACUAUAGUUUGUGUUGCCUCUUUACUAUAUGAAGAAACCAUGUAAAAACAUGUAGUUGAUUCACAGUUGGACAUUGGUUGAAUUUGCUAACCAUAAAAGAAAGCUUGCCUUCCAAACUUUUAAUUCCAUGUGCGGUCAGUGACAAAUGAAGGGUGCACAGUUUUUAUGAGGUCACAGGUUUGAAGGAGAAUUUUGUUGCAAGUGCAUUUCCAAACAUCAACAAAAAUGUAAUUUACCACAUUUAAGUGAGCCUACUCUUUCCUGGAAAUACAGGAAUACAAAACACUUUUGCUCUUUUAAAAGAUCUGCCCCUGCUGUUCAAACGUAUGAACACUCCUCAUGCAAGGUCUUAUUUCCAUUUGGAUGCUUUUUUAAAUAUAAAAUGGAAUUCAUCUAUUGCUAAUGCAUUGAAUUCCAACGUCUCGCCUACAAAAAAAAAAACAUUUUAGAGAUUAUUUAUUACAAACUGGUUUAUCGAGAUAAUAUUGUUUUUUGGAAUUAACCAAAGGAGUUGAUGGACAAUGACAUUCUACUUAAAUUAUAGAUCAUGCACCAUGCACUUUGGUGGAUUUCAGCCUUAAUAGUUGCAAUUAAGGUCAUUAAAUACAGACUUAUAGAAGUGUCUACGAAGACCGAAUGUACUCUCCCCUUUAAAAAAAACCGUAUAAAGGUACUUCUCCUUUGUUCUCAGUGAAUGAAUAUUGUUCGCUAAUGCUAAAAACUAUUAAAAGAUAGCUUAUCUGCGCCUUAACCCAUAGACCUUAACAUAUAUAAUAUUUCACUUUGGCCUAACAUUUUUUUAAUCCUGAGAAUAUACUCGUAUAACAUAAACGUCUCCACAUGAACAUGGGGGAAUAAAGUCAGGCGUGUGUAGAGCCGUGUCAGCUCAAAUUGAAAAUAAUCUGCUUGAAUGAAAUAUUGGUUUCUAUUGGUACAUUGGUACAACAUUUUCUCCAUAUCCUUGAAUCGGUUGAUUUAUUUAUGCAGUAUUGAACAUUAUGCAGGAUGGUUGUUUUCAGAUUGUUGCUGUGGCUCAUGUAUGACGUUGCCUCAGCGACAACAACCUUUCUGGGACUAAUCUGUUGAGCAACAGCUGGUUUCUUCAUGACCAUUUUUGCAAUGGGUUGUUACAUAUUUUACUUUAUAUAUUUUUAAUGUAAAUGGCAAUUUAAUGUGACUUUUUUUUUUAAGAAAGUGAACUAAUGUUGAUAUAAGUGAAAAAAGCAUAUGUUCAAAUAUCUUGUUAGAAAAAUGUUCUAUGCGGCUUGGUUUCUACUCGGUUUAGAAAAUCCUUUAAUUCAAAUAACAUCUGCCUGUGAGGUAAGUAAAGCCAUGCAAGUCCUCAGUCACACUACAUACACACUGCGCAUAAAGGAAUAACAUUCAUGUGUCCUUGUACCUUUGUCCCAGUGUCCACGUUUUUAUGGAGAAUUUGUAUCCCUCAACAAUGUUUUUAUAUGUUGAUUAUUGUCCUAUGCAGUAGACAAGGAAUCCAAAGUGACCAUUUGAAAGAACAGCUAAGCAAGUGGGUGGUAAGGAAGUAUUAUGCAUAUUGAAACAACAAAUAGAAAAACGCUGCUUGCCAAAAUAAUUAUGUUUUUCUUUUUUUUUUUUUACAUGGAUACCUCUGAAAUAUAACUGUGAACACACUAAAACAACAUCAACUGACCCGGUCCCAUGAAUACAUCAUCGCCAAGCAGUUAACACUCAAUGAUGCCUGUCAACUCACAUUACGAAUUAGCAUCUGUGCAGAGGAGUGAAAUCACUGACACUGGGUUCGAUGGCAUUAUUGGUGACAUUAUGGCCAACGAUUUUUCAAUUAACUUUUGUUUCCCUGUUUUUGAUUGUAUUAAAAAACGAAUUAACUGUU